AUGUCUGAUUGUGUUUGUCAGGAUGUGGAGCAGGUUUCAGUGCGUGUGACUGAUGGGACAGAAGCUCAGGAUUCAGUCUGGAGCGUCAGAGAUCAGAGAUCCAGAGACACACAGGACUCAGAGCUCAGCCUCACUUUACUCUGUUAUACUGACGCUCAGGAUCAUGAAUCCACUGAUCAAACCUCUGACUGUAACGCUGGAGAACAGCAGAUGCUGCAGACGCCGCUGAAGAUGUGCUCCGUCAAACUGGUGGACUGCAGGAACCUGAUAGAGAGCCGAGGAGAAGAAACCACCGCAGAGAAAGAACAACAACACAGUGAUGAGGAAGAGGAGGAUGAUGAUGAUGAGAAUAAUGGGGAUGAUGAAGAUGAAGAAUUCAUUCCUCCAGAUGAUAAAGGCUGUUCAUCUUCUGAUGGAGAAACAGACUUAACAUCAAAAGAGCAGCUGACAGUCAAGAGUUUCUCCUGCGCCACCUGUGGAAAAACACUGAGUUCAGAGGGUCAUUUAGCGAGACACGAGAGAACACACAAAGAACAGAAAUACUUCAGCUGUAAGAUAUGCAACAUCAGCUUUCCUACCGCAGAAGAGAGGAGACUUCAUUCAAAAGAGCACAGCGGGAAGAAGGAGUUUCACUGUGAACAGUGCGGGAAGGAUUUUUUCACCACUGCUCAAAUUAUGAAAGCCCAUAUAAAGACACACGACGAAAA